UUGAAAGCGUCUCCACCAUCCAGAGCAGCAGCUGCAGCUUCAGGGAAUUUUAAUUCUACAACAAUGAGUGAAUCACUGGUGGUCUGUGACGUGGAUGAAGAUCUGGUCAAGAAGCUGAAGGAGUUUCGUUUCCGGAAGGAGACCAAUAAUGCGGCCAUCGUUAUGAAGAUUGAUAAAGACAAGCAGCUGGUUAUUCUUGAAGAGGAACAUGAGGAUAUUUCUCCUGAUGAUCUAAAGGAUGAACUGCCAGAGAGACAGCCACGAUUCAUCGUCUACAGUUAUAAAUACCAACAUGAUGAUGGCCGUGUUUCCUAUCCUCUCUGCUUCAUCUUCUCCAGUCCAGUGGGCUGCAGACCAGAGCAGCAGAUGAUGUACGCGGGAAGCAAAAACAAGCUGGUGCAAACCGUUCAGCUGUCCAAGGUGUUUGAGAUCAGAAACACAGAGGACCUAACAGAGGAAUGGCUCAGAGGGAAGCUUGGGUUCUUCGGCUAAAGUCAUCGCAUCCAGUGGUCUGGGAUGUGAGGAGGAUCCAGAUUGCACAACUUGUGUCAUCUCUUGAGAAGAACACACCACAGUUAAUGUUUCCCUCCUCUUUAUACCAGACCUGAUUUAAAUAGUGUUUGCAAAUACUUCCUGUACUCAGUUUUAGGCCUCUUUGGUGAUAGUUUUUACUAAGCCUACUACAAUCCGUUGUGCCAGAAGUUUCAGACAAUCACAGGAGUUUGUACGCUUUUCUGUGACUGUCGACAUGUGCAGAACUAACUAAGCCUCACCCGUCUGGCAGCCUAAAACUGAAAAUGCUAUUUGACGCAGGUCUGCUUUUGUGUCCCAUACAUUCUCUCCAUGUGCCAGUUGUGUCUGUAUUAAUUAACACUCCCAUAGCUCUUAAAGUGGUCAGUGGAUAGUAUUCAUUCAGGAGAAUUUAAAGGCAUCGUAACCACGGUUUCUCUUUCUUUAGGUAGUUUAGACUCAGUGUUGUUUGCAACUCUGAACCUCCUGAGUUUCAUCUUUUUAUGUUGAAUAAUUUUUCAUAAUUUGAGGGAGUCUUUUAGAUUUUUUGGUCUAUGUAGGUUUAUGUAAGCAUAUACUUUUUAACAAUAAUUUCCUUUUUGUUGUGGAAACAAACCUCCUGCCAGAACAUCUGCACAAUCAUAGCUACAAUUCAGAGGACAAUAUAGAGUUCGGCUUUAGUCAGUCUCUGCUUCUGUGUUCAUUUAAACUGUAAAUUACACUAAGACCAUUUGACAAGUGGCUCUACUACUGUAAGACUCUAUAUGAUGUGUUGUACCUUCUCCUGUGCACAUGAACACGCUGGCAGAAGCCCUCGAGUGGUGCUUAUCACGCUGCAGAUUUUCCCCUCAGUCCAUCCUCAGAUCGCAUCUUUUCGUCUCUGUGUAGGGAAGAAACAGUGCGACUCAUGGGUGAAGCUGCAUUCUGCCUUUAAUCUGCAUAUUUGUUAGAAUGAUAUCACACUCCUGACAACAACAUUUCCACUGAAACAUUCCAAACUGAAAAACGUAACAAACCUCUGUCUCUAGUGACCAUGACAGUCUUUAAAACACUGCACACAGGGUGGCAUUACGGGCCCUCUUUUUAAUCUACUGGGCUACCCUGUAUAAGCGGGUUAUUGUGUCUUUAGGGAGAUUGUUAGCUAAUAUUGUGCAUUAUAGCUUUUGCUGUUAUUAGUGUUAAUGAAUGUUGUGCUUCAUUCUGAUGUAAAGCCACUUUUAUUGCUUAGUGGUCGUCACAGCUUUGAGAAUGAUGGCUGUGACUUCUCCAAUUGCCAGUUGUGCUUAAUAUUUAGACUUGGUAGGUAAAGGACAGCUUCUGGGCAGUUUCCAUCUUCUAUACAGAACAGGGUUUGACCAAUAUGCUGUAGCUUUUUGAAGGCUGAUACUGAUAUGUGUGUAUUUGGUGUGCCAGCAGCUCACAUUCCAGGCCAGUAUCUAAUAUCUGCAAUGCAGCUUCUAUCUUUCUGUAUGAAGUUUGAGCAGCUACAUGUGUCGGCAACCCCAGAGCAUCGAUUGGGGAAGUGGAAUCACCAUAUCGCUACAAUUGGUUUUGUCACUAUUGAACUUUACUACCAUCUAGUGGAUUUUAAGAUGUAUGGCAUAUUCAGACAGGGAGAAAUGCCUUAGCUCGAAAUGUUAGUGAAAACGAGAAAUAAAUCAUGUAUCCGCCGUGUGAUUGGGGGAUUGAUUGGGAUUCACUCCAAAGUGUAAUGGGUUCUUCCUUUGCCCAUACCACAACCUUCCACCAAGUUUCAUGAAAAUCAGACCAGUAGCUUUUCUGUAAUCCUGCUGACAGACACACUGGACCAAAAACCGCCCUGGUGAAAAUAACUACAUAAAAUAUGUCACUUAACAAAUACUUGUGGACUCUAUUUUUCUUGCCCAAAAGUGACAGUCUUUUUUUGUUUCCUGCUGAAGAUCCGCUAAAACAGGAUUUAAACCAAUCCAACACACUAAAACCCCAAACCAGUCGCUAAUGCUUAGAGGAUUAGCGGCUCUUAACAGCAGGGCCACCAGGCCCGGAUAGAUAAAGCAACAUAAAAUGUACAUUCAAUUGUAUUGCAGGUGCUACAGACUGGUUUCAUGUCAGCUGUGAGAAAAACUUGCAUUACACAGGCGGUGGAUGAUUCAAGUGGCAGAUUUUUGAUUCUUGAAAAAAAGCUUAAUAUCAGCUCCGCAUAUUGGUCUGACCCUAAUAACGAAUAAUCGGCACAAAUGAAUUCCACGUUUGCCCGGCAGUGUCAUCUGUUCUUGAGAAAUUCCUACUUUGGAAAUGCACAAGGGAACGUUGUGGCUGAUUAAAAGCCGCAAGGCAGGAAAUCACCACUUCACGUAUGAUGUUGUACUAAGUCUACCAUACCAAUGCCUUGUCUUAAUUUUCAUUUUUGGCAUACUUACUUCUAUUUUUUAAAAAUCAUGAGGCCAAAAUGAAAACAUGACACAUAUGUUUUGUGAGAAAAAUAGAAGAAUAUUGGAAAGGACUUUUGUGUGCGAUUUUAAGGGGUUUUUCUUUUUUAAGAUAGUAAUUUUUGUAGCUUUCUGAUCUGUAAAGUUCAAGAGACGUCAUCUUUUUUUUUCAUUUCAUGUGUAAUCUUGGUGAAAGCUUCUUUUUACAGAGAUCUGACUCAAAGACAUGUAUGCACAAUCACACCAUUUCAUGUGAAUCAGUUAUUGAUUUACAUGUCAGCGCAGGGUUUAAUCCAACAGGAACAAUGGGGUAGAACUGUAAUCAUUUGUUUUGCUGUCUACUGAUACCGUUGAAGCUACGAUUUACGCUGUCAGCUCCAUAUUAGCCAGUAUUAUGCUGCUGUAGCAGAAAACAUAAUUCCAGCAUGGGUGAUUCUCAUGCUCAUGAUGGUUUCUGUUCACACUUGAGCUGAAAUAUGCUAUCUUUUAUGGGUAAAAGAAGUUUAAUGCAGUGAUGGAAGAAGUACUCAGAUCUUGUACUUAAGUAAAAGUAGCAAUGCCACAGUGUAGAAAUACUCAGUUACAAGUAAAAGUCAUGGAUUCAAAAUUUUACUUGGGUGAAAGUACAAAAGUACUGGCAUCAAAAUAAACUUAAAGGACUCAAAGUAAGAGUGCUUAUUAUGCACAAUGACCCAUUUCAGAACAACUAUUGGAUUAGAAUUAUUCAUGCAUCAGUGUGGCAACAUAACUUUAAUGUUAAAGCUGGUAAAGGGGCUAACUUUAAUUACUUUAUAUACUGCUAUUCUGUGAAUUUCCCCCCUUGUCGUAUCUUAACCUAUAAUAAUACGUCAUAAUUUAUUUGAUGAUUAUAUAUUGUAUCAUUAAUCAAAGUAACUCAAGUUAUCAAAUUAAUGAUGGAAAAUGUACAAUAUUUGUCUCUGAAAUGUAGUGGAGAAGUGUAAAGUAGCAGAAAAUAAAAAUACCCAAGCAAAGUACCUCAAAAUUGUACUUAAGAACACUACUUGAGUAAAUGUACUGAGCGACUUCUCUACCACUGGCUUUUUGACCCUAUGACCUGAAAAACCACUAAAAACUCAUGGUUAAUUUUCAUAAAUGCACAGUCAAUCUGAAAUCAGAGACGGGGUUUGUUUGGCAAAAGCAACUAACUUGAACUCUGAAACAGUCUUUGUAUUUGAUUUGAAACAUUACGAAACGUGCAAUGUACUAGUGUACUAGUUUUGAGUUGUUAUCUUCUUAAAACAAAACUCUUAAAACCUGUAAAAGUGGAGGGCUACUGUAAAAUAGGUGCAUGCUUUAAUGCACAGUAUGUCUUAAGUUUUCAUAACCUGAAGUUUCCUAAUGACAUAUUUGAGAAUUUGCUUCUCUGCCGCAUGCAUGUUUUCCAGAGCAUUUUAAAAUAUUACCUGAAUUUGAUUAGACUGAUAUUUGCAUACAGAUUCUUAAAAAAGGGGGCAACAACACGUGCAUCUCAAACAUAUGGUCUCAACUUUGUUGUUACUGUGUUCAGCUUUCUUUUAAGACACCCUCUGAUACUGCUAUUUUUUUUAAUGGAAAUGAGUUGUAAUAGACUGUCCAUUGAUCAUGUAUCAAAAUCAAUCUUCCCAAUAUAUUGAUAUUGAGCCAUGUAUCUGGUUAUGUCCUGUGGAUCUAAUAGCUCUCCAUCCUAUGUGGUGAACCUGUCGUAGAUUUGGCCUCUUGAGUCUUUUACCUGCAGAUGUGUUGUUCAGCUCUUGGUGUCCUCUCUGAUCAAAUGCCUACUCUUCUAGUUUCUUUCCUUUGUAAUAAAAACACAUCUGAGACAUGUAUCAUAACCAGCUGCCUCAUGGCAUCAGUGAAACUUGAGACAUUUGUAUUUUCCCAUACUUUAUAAAGUGUCUAUUGUCCUAUUGUCCGAAUAAAAUGACAGUGAUGUUCA